UGUAAGAUCAAGUGUCAUUUUCUUUUGAAUAGAAAUUCCCCCAACCCCACGGCCCCACUCCACCCAUAUUUUUGUAGAUUCAUUUAGCUGCUGCCAUUAACAGACUAAUACCUCAAAAACUCAAUGGCAAAAGCAACACAAUUUCUCAUAAUCAUAAUCCUCCUCCUCCUCACACUCACAGCCCCGGUUCAACCCGCCGGUCCAUGCAAAACGGAUUCAUGCCACCCCAGUCGCGGGCCCAGAGUCCGGUUCCCAUUCCGGCUCCGAGGCCGGCAGCCGGCCCGGUGCGGGUACCCGGGCUUCAACCUCCGCUGCAACAGCCGCAACCAAACGAUCCUCACGCUCCCGCGAUCGGGCGAUUUCAUCGUCCGACACAUCGACUACAAGGCCUCGGCCGUCUACAUCGGCGACACGGGCUUCUGCCUCCCGGGCCGGGCCCUCAACUUCAGCGUCGCGAGCUCCCCCUUCGACGCCACGUAUCUCGAGAGCUUCGGCAUCCUCAACUGCUCCGACGGAUUGACCGACGACGUCAGGAUGGGAAACUACUACGUCGUGCUGCCGUGUCUCACCACCAGGAACAACACGGUGGUGGCCGUGGCCGAGGACUUCCCCGACGAGCUCGUGCCGCCGCCGUGCCGGAGGGCGGGGAACGUAUCGGUGCCGCCGUGGACGUUCUCGGAGUUUUACUGGGGGUCGAUGGGCCCGGAGGAGAAUUUCGAGCUGCGGUGGAGCAGGCCCGCCUGCGGGAGGUGCGAGAGUCGGGCCGGGCGUUGCGGCUUCAAAGAGGAUUCGGGCUUUGAAGUUGGAUGCUCCAAGUCUUCUGGGCUUCCAAGAGGUGCCAAAUAUGCCGUUAUAAUUGGUGGUGGAGUACCAGGAUUGCUAUGUAUGAUUGGACUAACAUGUUAUGCUUGUAGAAAAAUAAAACUCGGUAGACAGCAACGUGGUUUAGAUAACGAGCUACCGAUGACAACUUUUGGUGGGCAAUUAAUAUUUAGGGCCAACACCGGGCUUGAUGUAUCCACCAUAGAAUCGUAUCCUAAGACGGUGUUAGGGCAAAGCCGUCGACUUCCCAAUCCGAACGACAACACGUGUUCGAUUUGCUUGUCUGAUUAUCAACCUCAAGAGACUGUAAAGAGCAUUCCGGAAUGCAACCAUUAUUUCCAUGCUAAUUGCAUAGACGAGUGGCUUAAGCUAAAUGGCACAUGCCCUUUGUGUAGAAACUCGCCAGAGAGCUCAUCAACCACUCCUACUUCCUCUACAUCGUCAUCGCCAUCGCCAUCAUCAACAACAUCGGAUCCUCAGUGAUUUUUUAUAAAAAAAAUAUAGCGUUAUCUUUAUAUGAAUUUUAUUGUACACAAUGAGCGUAAAAUGAAUAUUGAAUGUUUUUGCUACCGUAAAAAAUUAGAAUAUAUUGGGCUACAUGUGAAAAUAAA